CAACCGGCCUUCAAGUGCUCGAGCUCUCGGGUUCGCUUCCGAGAUUCACCUCCAUUUAUGGAUGUACUCCGUACAUAUUAUGGCUUGAGAAGGGCAGGGUUGGUCGUGAGAUGUGGAAACUGGGUUCUGUCAUCCCUGCAACAGUGAUUGAAUGAUGGGUUCCGUGGCAAGGCUUCGAACAAGAACAGGCUGCUUGGAGUGUCGUCGACGCCGCAAGAAAUGCGACGAAAAGAGGCCUCUGUGUGCCGGCUGCUCCCGCAACGGCCUUCGCUGCACAUGGCCCUCGGAGUAUCAGCCAAUUGACCGACGAAGACGCUGUCCGUGGCCCGCGAGUCCCAGCACAACAUCGCCCUCCCCGAGCUGCAAUGGCACGUCGACUCAGUCGAGAACGCCGGACGUCUCCGCUUCCUUGCCUCCCUUCUCUGCCAUGCCGCCGCCUUUCCGCCUCGAGGAGCACUUCAAUCUCUACUGCUACUUUGCAAACUCCCUCCUCCCGACCCUCGUACGACAAUGCUCCCUGCCUAAAUAUUCAGACCAGACAUACAUCUUGAACCUAGCCGUCCAGUUUCCCCCUUUGAUGGGUGCUAUGAUCGCCGUUGCAGCAGUUCGACUCCCUCGACACGAUGAAUCCUACCUGCAUCUUGGCCUGAAGUGCUAUCAUUUUUCGAUCCAGAACCUCCGGGAAGGCCUUGCCUCUGACAAAUACAAAGGCAACGAGGAUUACCUUCUUGCUACUACUAUUUUGUUAUGCAUUUGGGAGAAUUGCCAACCCGAUGGGAUUCCCAACACUAGCCACCAUGUUGUUGCUGCAGGCAACCUGCUGAGACUUCGAUGCCCGAAACCCAGAAGCUCCUCCCAAUCUGCGUUGGUAUUCGAACGCACCUGCGUCGAGUCCUUUAUCUACCAUAGCAGCCUUUUAAUGCUCUUCGACCGAAGUUUGGAUCCGCUUGCUGACCCGCAGGUCCUUGAAAAUAUCCAACGAUACUUCGUCGACCCUGACCACCCAGAUGAUGCAGGCCCGGGAUGGACCAACACGCAGCCCAUACUCGAUGCCUCGUAUAAAUUCUUCCUGCUGACUGCAAAUAUUACCCGGCUUUCACGGCACAAUAGGCCGUUGGAUGAAGUCGAAUUAUCCCUCUACUAUCGUUUACAAUCGGAUUUCCAUCGAUGGGAGCAAACGAUACGCAAAACCGCCAACGAUCAAGAUAAGGAUCGGACCGGACUCUUGUAUACCUUGGCUAUUAGAGCUCUUCUCUUGAAAAUGGACCCUCACCUGCAUGAGAUUUCGGGCGGCUUUGAGUCCCUCCUACAUGAAAGCCUGGAGAUAAUACCGUUCCUCAAUAUUGAUCCCAAUUUUGUUUAUUACUACCUGUGGCCCUUGAUUGUUCUAGGUUCCAUCGCCGUCAACCCCUGGGAUAGAAAUCCAUUCCGCGAGAUCAUAUCUCUCUUGAUCAUCAAGGGCCGAGAAGGAAUUGCGUGCUGGGCUUUAAAGCGCCUAGAGACGGUCUGGACCACGGAAUACGAAUAUGCAUACUGGGGCCCUAGCCAUCCGAUGCUACGAGGGCUCAAGAGACUACUUGAAAAUGAUUGA